GACAAGAGCUCUCGGUCGUCUUCUCCUUCCCAGCAGCGACAGUUUCUGUAGAGCUGCUUCGAGACCACACGAGCAAGAAUGCGCCAGCUGUUGCGGUCGACUAUCGUUGGCUUGCGGCGAAUAAGGUGAGUUCCUGCAUGAGCAGUGCCUGGCUGCCUGCACCGCGUCUUUGCUUGCUUGCACCCAGAAAGACUGACGACGAUCGUCUCUUGCCUUGGUUUUAGUCGUAUACAGAGAGCGUCUGUGGGAGAUGUCGCUUCGGCGCGGCACACGCUCACAACCCCGCUGCUGCGCUCCAUUUUCUCGUGGCAGCGCGGCGGCGCGGGCAGAGUCGAGCAGCCUGUCAAGCAUGCAGACGCAUGGCGCGAGAUGAGCGGCACCGCGACCACGGUGGCUGCUCGCAGCGAGAUCGACCCGCACCACCAGAUCUCGUUUGACGCGAAGCGGGUGUACGUGCCGUGGAGCAAAGGCGUGACUUCGACGUACCACAAUAUCUGGCUGCGCGACAGCUGCCAGUGCAGCGCCUGCUUCCAUCCGGUGACGAAGCAGCGCUUGCUAAACACUUUUGCGAUCCCGGAGGAUAUCAAGCCCGAAAACGCUGAGCCGUCUGACUCUGGCUUGAAUAUAAAGUGGGAUAACGACGGCCACCAAAGCUUCUACCCAUGGGACUGGCUCCAUUUACACUCAUACCAACCUAUUCUAGAGAAAACGCAGACAUACCACCGCUUCCUAUGGGGGCGCAACGAGAUCGUGGAAAACCCUCCCGUGGUGGAGUAUGCCGAUGUCAUGGCUUCAGACGCGGGAGUCGCGGAAUGGACGAGCAAGGUCAAAAUGUACGGCUUUUGUUUUGUCGAAGGCACGCCGGUGUCGCCUGAAGCUACCGAGGAGCUCAUUAAUAGAAUCUCCUUUGCGAGAAAUACGCAUUAUGGUGGAUUCUGGGAUUUCACUUCUGAUCUUUCCAAAGCCGACACGGCAUACACAGACUUACCUCUAGGCCUUCACACAGACGGCACCUAUUUCACCGACCCUCCCGGUCUCCAACUCCUUCACUGUCUCUCCCACGACGGCAAUGGCGGCGAGUCAAUCCUGGCAGACGGUUUCCGCGCUGCCCGGAUUCUUCGCGAGGAGUCGCCAGAGCACUACAAAACGCUCUCGCGAGUGCGAGUUCCAGCGCACAGUGCCGGAAACGAAGACGUCUGCAUCCGGCCUACAUUCUCCGCCCGUCCUAUCCUGAACCACGACGACGUCUCUGGCGAGCUCCUGCAGGUGCGCUGGAACAACGACGAUCGGUCGACAAUGGAUCGAUGGUCGAGCGUCGACCCUGACGGCGGCGUGCUUCAAUUCUACGACGCGAUCCGGAAAUGGAACCAAAUCCUCUCGCGGCCGGAGGUGGAGUACCGGUUCAAGUUGAAGCCCGGCCGCCCGAUGAUCUUUGACAAUUGGAGAGUGAUGCACGGCCGGACGCAGUUCGAUGGCAAACGGAGACUGUGCGGGGCGUAUAUCAAUAUGGAUGACUUUGAGUCGCGCAUGAGACUUACGAAUAUGGGUCGCGAGGCUGUGUUGCGGCAGCUAUGAGUGAGAUUAUGAAUUGUUAUGAUGUUUUUUGUUAGGGCGGAUAUUUGGGAUCAUGGGUUUUUUCAUUUAGUUUACUUGUUUUUGCGUGGUCUGUUUUAGCGUUGAUUUUACUGUUUUGUCGCACUUGUCAUAGCACUCAUUACAUCCGGUUUACGUGUUUACAAUUUAGUGAAAUUAAGAG